CGCGCAGCGAUGGACACGCUGGGCAGGAAGGUGGUGGUGUGCGACAACGGCACCGGGUUUGUGAAAUGUGGCUAUGCAGGCUCAAAUUUUCCGGAGCACAUUUUUCCAGCUUUGGUUGGAAGACCCAUUAUAAGAUCAACUGCUAAAGUGGGAAACAUUGAAAUCAAGAAUAACAAAAAGAUGGAUCUCAUGGUUGGUGAUGAAGCAAGUGAAUUACGCUCAAUGCUGGAAGUGAAUUAUCCAAUGGAGAAUGGCAUAGUUCGGAACUGGGAUGAUAUGAAGCACCUCUGGGAUUACACGUUUGGACCAGAAAAACUUAAUAUUGACACAAAAAAUUGUAAAAUACUACUCACAGAACCUCCCAUGAAUCCAACUAAAAAUAGGGAGAAGAUCGUGGAGGUUAUGUUUGAGACAUACCAGUUUUCUGGGGUGUAUGUAGCCAUUCAGGCUGUUCUUACUUUGUAUGCUCAAGGUUUGUUGACCGGUGUUGUUGUGGACUCUGGAGAUGGAGUAACUCAUAUUUGCCCAGUUUAUGAAGGUUUCUCUCUCCCUCAUCUCACCAGACGGUUAGAUAUCGCUGGGAGGGAUAUCACUAGGUACCUCAUUAAGCUCCUCUUACUGCGAGGGUAUGCUUUCAACCAUUCUGCUGAUUUUGAGACUGUUCGCAUGAUCAAGGAAAAGCUAUGUUACGUGGGAUACAACAUUGAACAGGAGCAGAAACUGGCAUUAGAGACCACAGUACUAGUUGAAUCCUACACGCUCCCAGAUGGCAGGAUUAUCAAAGUCGGUGGAGAACGGUUUGAGGCACCGGAGGCUCUCUUCCAGCCUCACUUAAUCAAUGUAGAGGGGGUCGGUGUGGCUGAAUUGCUGUUUAACACCAUCCAGGCUGCUGACAUUGAUACCAGGUCUGAAUUCUACAAGCACAUUGUGCUGUCUGGAGGGUCCACCAUGUACCCCGGGCUGCCGUCGCGACUGGAGCGGGAACUUAAACAGCUCUACCUGGAACGAGUUCUGAAAGGAGACGUGGAAAAACUCUCGAAAUUUAAGAUCCGAAUUGAAGAUCCACCUCGUCGAAAGCACAUGGUGUUUUUGGGUGGCGCGGUUCUAGCAGACAUCAUGAAAGACAAAGACAACUUCUGGAUGACCCGACAAGAAUACCAAGAAAAGGGAGUGCGUGUGCUGGAGAAGCUUGGUGUGACUGUUCGAUAAAUCCCAAAGCUUGUUCCCAUCACAUGUCUAAAGCUUUUUUUCUUUCAUUGCCAAUCUCUGAACUCACUCAGCUACAUGCUAUGGAAAGGCCUGUCUGUGGCCUUUUGACCCAAAGGUCAGGUUUUGUUCUGGUUUCUUGGGGUAGCUUUUGUUAAAUGUUUCUUAAUGUGGCUAAAUUUGACUAUUAAAUUUGACCACUUCCCUGCAAACAAAACAGAGCAAGAGCAGCCUGUCUACUUCAUUGUUCCUUCCCAGUAGGCAAUUGGGUAAUUCUGGUAGGCUUUUUCUUCUGGGUUUAUUGCUGUAGUACUGCUAGCUUUUGUCUCUAGUUCACAAGGGGUUGUGUGCCUUUUUUAGCAUAAGAAAACCUUUAAACAAGAGUUUUUGCUAUUGGAUCAUUGUGGUGGUUAUCUUUGCAUCUUUUUGCCUCUCUCUACAUUAAGAUUAUUUUUUUUCUUUCCUGCAAUUAGGAAUUUUGAUUAAACAUUGUUAAAAACUAGUUUAACUAGCUGGAAUGGCUUUAACACACUGUUUCGAUGUAAUGUGGUUCCAUACGCACUGCUGCCUAAACUGGUUUCUGAGGUGGUUUAUCCUUAAAGGUGGCGGUGGGGCUUUCAUACUGUAUUUCUCUAAGUGGGCAUGUACACAGUUGCCACAAACGGAGAAACACCUGAUUUUCUGGCAAAUGUAAAUUUGUGGCCUUAGGUGUCUUUUUCUGGAGGGAGGAGACAGGUUUGAGCUGUGUUGCUUUUCUGUUAAGGGACAGCCGGGGGUCAGUCUGACCAAAAAUGCCUCUCUUUAUAGCUAAAUUUUGGUACCGUGUUGUCUCAGCAUGGGGAGCAAGAAUGUUAAAUUAGCUAUUCUGUAAUUGUUGAGAAACUUAGAUAUGCUGAGACAGGAGCCUCUAAACUUCUGAAGAGAUUUAAUGCUUUCAGAAAUGCUUGUGAAAACUGUAACUAUAGAUAUUAAAACUCCCAAAACUAAGUUUUAAAAGUCUGAUGUUUUAAGUGCUUGUAUGUACGUCAGAAGCACUUCCAUUAAACAAGUAUAUUAACCUAGUGCCAAGUAGUUACUGCAAAUGAAUAUUUCAAUGACCAGUGUUUAUUGCAGCAAGCAGAUAUUUAUAAACAACCACUGGCAGUAGGUUAUAAAGAAUGACCUAUAUUUGUUCCACUUAAAAAUAACAUUGGAAUAUGAGAUGUUGUUAGUUGGUAAAUAUCCACAAUUCAUUUUGUCCAGUCUUGAUUUUUGAUACUUAACAUGGGAUGGGAAAGGAAGUGAAAACCAGUGAUGAAAAUGCUGUUUCCAGAAAGUACAUUAAAGCUGAGUUGUUCUGAAAAAUAGAAGUUGUCACUAGUAAUUAUCAGCCAUCUUCUCUGAGUAUAGUUGCCUGUAUUUUCUUCCUACUAGCAGACUGGUAACUAUCUUUGCAAUAAAAUCUGCCUUACAUAAAGCACAGCAAAAACUACUUGCAUAUGAAUGCCAGUUAGACUUAGUUCUGCUUUGCUUUUCAUGGAAAUAUUGUAUCACUUCUUACUGGUUUUCCAAGCCUACCAUAACAUUUAAGCAUAAGGAAGUUAAGAUCUGCUUUUGACUUCCAAACCUUGGAAUGUACAAGAUAUGCUUUCACAUACUGGCCAUUUGUCUACAUCUUUACAUUAAUAAUUGACCCCAGGAACAUGGAAAUAUUAAACUCCUUUGGAUUCUUAAAAUUUGCUUUCUUUCUAAAUCGAGCAGACAGCUUCCUUUUGGCUGAGCAAGCCAAACAGGCAGAAACAGUGUCUGCGUUUCUUUAAUAACAAGACAGUCGCUAUAGUAUUGCUAGUAAUGACCAUUUAAUUAUAGGUGGGUGGGGUUUUUUGCAGCUAUAUUUACUCUUAACUUGAACAAUAUGAAUUUACAGGCAUGCCGGUCAUGCCUCAGUGCAUGCACUUAAGCAGUUACUAGAUUUUUGGGGACAUGAAUGUAAGGGGUACUCUGAAUUCCUGUAGUCUUCUGAACAUUUAAUACACAAGAUUUAAAAAUGCUGUGGGCUUGCUUUAGAGCUAUGGUUUCUCAUGUGACUGUCUCUGGGCUUUUCGGACAGUGUUGAGAAUCAUGGAAAUAAACCAAAGAAUGACUUAAAAACCUUUUUUGAAUGACAA